AUGGACGUUCGUACGCAUCGUCAACUUACUGACUGCAUCAAGCAGAUACUGGGGGACGGUGUUCAAGUGCGACAUGUGAACCCGCAUCCAGCGCUCUCGUGCAUGAUCUGCCUUUGGGUGGGUAAUCGGCGCUGGGUACUUCCGCGCAGGCUUUUCCGACAACGCAUCGCGACGGCAUCUCGAUCUCGUGGACUGCAUAGCCGGAAUCGCCGUGCUGACAAAUGGGAGCAACAGAGUACCGCCGCAGUGGCAGGCUUAAAGAUGCUCGAAUGGAACCGGCUGCGGCGAAUCGUUGGACUAGGGCCGUGGGGAGAACAGCUUCUCCUGAGGCUGAAGCUGCAAGCUUUUUCGCUAUAUGACCCGGUGCGCGCACAGGUUGGAUGCCCCAUCAAAGCUGCAUUCGACAAAACCAGAUCGACUUGCAUCAUGUCUUCUGGUCUUGUCCCACCUCCGGGUUAUUUUUUUACAUAG